UUUCCCAGAGCUCACUGUGUCGUCUACCCUUAACGGGUGCAGUUCGUUCUGGUCUCGAAUCGUGCGCGAAUUAAUUUCCUAAGGCCCUCCGCUGGCUGGCCAUCGAUUUUGUGCAGAAAAGCCCAAGAGUUUUCCCCGAACGAAAAGUGGCCCUAUAAUAUUAUAAAAGCUCAGCCAAGUAAAUCAACUAACGAAUUCCAAAUGAAAAUACUUAAUUUUGUGGCAAGCUAAGACUUUACCAAAGAUUUGUCCCCGCAAAUAAGGAGUGCAAAAUUUUCGCUGUUAUACAGAAAGCCAGACCCCUACAUAUACACAUAUAUAUAUAUGGCAGCCUAUACCUAUAUAUAAUCAAGAAUCCUUUAAUUGAGUCAAGAAAAAGCUACGCGAAUGUGCGCUUUUGGUUACUUAUUGUUUUUCGCCCUGUUGUUAACCACAAUUCUGGUGCUGUCCAUCAUUUUUGCCACCACCUCCAAGCGAUCCAUGUUGGAUAGCUUCAUACUAGUAUUCAAUUACACACAAGAACAACAGCCAGACCAAGAAAUGCAGCAGCAGCAACAACAAAUGGACUAUCAGCAGCAGCCACAGAUGUUCUUGAAACAGAAAAUAUUUUGAGUUCUAUAAGUUGUACAUAUAAGGGCCCCGAAAAAAAUAAAUAAAACGAAACAGAAAAUCAAUUGGACACUAGUGUGCGCGAGUUAAAGAAUUUCAUUGUUGGUCAAGUGAAAUAACUACUGGUGAAUAAAUAAAUAAAAUA